AUGUUGAAAGCUAAACAUUUGCCAAUAUUACUAUUGUAAGCAGUUUCAUAUUUUUAUAGUAAAUCAGAUACAGCUCUAGUGUUAUAUUAAUAUUCCUCUUAUAAGAGCUCUUAUUUUCUUAAAUUUAUAUUUUAGGAGAACAAAUGUGAAAAGCUGCAAACGUUUUACUUCUUCCAAGGUAUGGUAUUACUUUAUAAGAUUAUUACGAAGCUUAGGUUGAUUACAACACAAUCAGUUUAUCCGAGCCUUUGCCUGGAUUUGAGAAGGUAACUUAUUCAAAAGAGAAUACUGUCAAAUUGUUCGAUACGAAGAUCACACAGCUGCAGAAUGGACUGACAAUAGCUACAGAAGAAGCUACAGGUGAAUAUUGUACUGUUGGAGUGGCUGUGAACGCUGGAUCAAGGUACCAAACAUAUUAUCCAUGGGGAGUUAGUCAUUUCGUGGAGAAACUUGGAUUUGGAGUAAGUUUUUACAUUAUUUAUGUUUGUAUUGGAUAAUAUUGAUAUUUUUUAUGUUUUUUUUUGUUUAGGAUUGGUUUAUUUGUCACGUUAUGCAUCAAAAUCGUUUUAGAGUUCACAAAACUAUCCUGACCGAGCCGAAACCUUUAAUAUUCUUGAUUCAUGCGGGGCGAUAAUAGAUUGCCAGUCUACCAAAGAUACCACUAUUUAUGCAGCAUCUUGUUUGAGGGAAACUGCUAGUAAAAUGACAAAGAUCAUUGCUGACACUGUAAUGAGGCCGAUCGUUGAUCCACUGGAAGUGAAUGAGACCGCUUAUGUUGUUAAAUUCGAAAGGGAAGCUUUCUUGAGGAAACCCGAGCCGGAGGAAAUGUUGAUUGACUGGGUUCAUUGUGCUGGGUUCAAAAGUAAUACUCUAGGUAUACCAAAGUACUGUGAAAAAGAGAACCCUGGUAUCACCAGGGAAGAUGUAUUGUCUUACAUGAGCCAAUAUUACUCUCCUGAUCGGAUGGUCUUGGCUGGUGAGUUUUUAUGUUUUUUAAUAGUAUGAUGCAAACUGCGGUAAAGUAUUGUAUAUGCGGCUGAAAUAUAAAAGUUAUAUCAAUAUAAGAAGCUUGAAAGGUAUUUUAGGUAAUAAAUAAACUUGUAGUAUUUAAAACUCAAAUUCAAACGGUAACUUAUAUUAUUCAGGAGUUGGAGUAGACCACGAUCUCCUGGUAGCGUUGGGAAAGAAAUACUUCAAUACAGAUUCUACAACAUGGGCCCAAUUUCCAGAAUUGGUCCACAAAGACCUUCCUUCAAUUGACCAUUCACAAGCUCAAUUUACUGGUGGAAUCUUCCAAUGGGAGAAAGACCUGUCUAAAAUUGGAUUGGGCAUAGCCGACUUCCCCAACUUGGCCCACAUGAUGUUCGGCUUCGAAUCCGUGGCAACUUCUCAUUCUGACUUUGUGGCCUUCUGUGUGCUACAGUCGUUGUUAGGUGGAGGUGGCAGUUUCUCGGCCGGUGGACCUGGCAAAGGAAUGUUUUCCAGGUUGUAUGCUGAUGUCAUGUUUAGGUAUGUGUUUAUUUCCUCAAUUUGUUUCUCUUUUGCUCAACUGUUUGUUGAAUUGUUUUAUACGUUAGUUUUUAGGUACCAUUGGUUGUACAAUGUUACGUCGUUCAACUUCUCCUACAUGGACAGUGGUAUCUUCGCUGUCAGAGCUAGUGCUCCGCCAGAUAAAGUAAGUCAUAAAUUUGAAGAUUUUGAAUGUUAUGUUAAAACUACCUCUGCGAAUUAUUAGGCUGAUUAAAUAGUUCUGUACCAUUCUCAAAACAAAUUUAGGUUGAGACCAGGGCCGGGCGCGAGGGGGGGGGGACCCCCCCAGAAAAAAAAUUUUCGAAAAAAAUUGAACGUGGUCCCCCCUGUGGAUUUUCGGAAAAAAAAUUUCGCAAAAAAUCGGCACAGGCUACUACCUGUGCCGAUUUUUUGGACCCCCACCCCCAGACCAAAAGUCCCCGCCCGGCCCUGGUUGAGACACAUAAUUAUUUGAACCCUCUAAUAAUAAAAUUUUAGUUAACGGAGACGUGUGGCGUCAUUCUGAACGAGUUCUUUCGUCUUGCUCACACAGACGUCGUCGAAGCCGAGCUCGAUCGCGCCAAGAUUCAGCUCAAGUCACAGCUUAUGAUGAACUUGGAGUUGAGGCCGGUCAUGUUUGAAGACAUGGUACGACAGGUUCUGAAUCAUGGUGAACGCAAGAAUCCACAUGUCUAUUUGGAAGAAAUCGGUAAGAAUUAUGCUUGGUAUGAAAGACCAUUUAAGUGUUUUACAAAAAACUUACGGUAGUUUAUUACGAUCGUAGAAGUUUCAUUCAGCUUAUCAGCAACUUUUUUCAAUAAGAUAUUAUAGUAUAAAGGGUAGUUAAAUAUAUGGUAAAAUGUAACUGAAAGUCUUGGAAAAAGUAGCUAUAGAUGGUAUACUGAACUGUUUCAGACAAAGUAACAGCCAAAGACAUACGAAGAGUCAGCGAGAGAAUGUUAGCGAGUAAGCCAGCCAUUGUAGCCUACGGUGACUUAAAGAAGCUGCCUUCAUAUGAAAAGAUAGAUCGAACCGUGGCCAAGCGAUCGCUCUCACUACUCCAAUAG